AUGGACCACCCCCAUGCAGAUUCCGAGAAAGGACCCAGCCUUGCAAUAGUACCCGUCUCUGAUAUCGAACUGCUGCCACGGGAUGCCACCGACGAGGAAAUACGCAACCUACCGCUCGUGGUCGAUCACAUACCCCUUGCGGCUUGGGCUGCAGCUCUUCUAGGGGCGGCUGAGAGGUUCAGUUACUAUUCCAUCAUUUCCAUCUGGCAAAACUACAUGCAACAUGGUCGCGACGUCGGUACCGUGCCUGGAGCACUAGGCCUAGGCCAGUCCGUUGCCACGUCCAUCUCAAACAGUUUCUUCGUCUUCUCCUUUGUGACGCCAAUGCUGUUUGCACUUGUCUCUGAUGUCUGGCUCGGUCGGUACAAUACACUGCUUCUCAGUUUCAGUCUCCUAAUAUGUGGGUCCUCCGUCAUGUUUAUAACCUCCCUGCCAGUGGCUCUGGAUAACGGCGCCGGGAUUCCAGGGUUAGCCGUCUCUAUGGUUUUCACGGGGCUUGGGGUUGGGGGCAUCAAAUCGACAAUUUCGCCAUUCAUUGGUGAUCAAUACGUGCAAAGAAAACCUCGGCUGGUCCGCAAAAAGAACCGUGACCUCGUUGUAGUCGAUGGUUCACGAACCAUACAGUUCCUGUACAAUGCAUUUUACUGGUUCACAAACAUCGCCUCACUCUCUUCCAUACCCGCCACGUUCUUGGAGCGCGAGUUUGGAUUCUGGACUGCAUAUCUCAUGGCAACCAUCUCCUUGAUCGUUCCGUUCGCUGUGCUCAUCAGCCUGAAGUCGAGACUCGUCAAGGUUGUACCCCAGGAGAACAUUCUGCCGAAGGCUGUCAGGGCCCUGACCAUUGCGGCUCGCAACGGGUUCAACCUGGACCAUGCGAAGAACUCGUACCAGAUUGAGAACCAGGGACGAAGCGUACCAUGGGAAGACGGCUUCAUAGACGAGCUGAAAAGGGGCCUGGUUGCUUGCCGUGUCAUCUUCUCAUUCGCCUUCUUCUACCUCUCCAUCACCCAAAUGUACAACAACCUCAUCUCCCAAGCCGGCCAAAUGAACCUCCACGGAGUCCCCAACGACAUGAUCCAAGCUAUGGCGGGUGUAGCCUGCGUCGUCUUCGGCCCUGUCAUCCAAGCCCUCUACAACUUCCUAGCUAAACGACGCAUUCCCUUUGGCCCAAUUGCGCGCAUCUCCACCGCGUUCCUGAUAUGUGGAGGUGGGAUGGCCUACGCCGCCGGUCUUCAGAGACUGAUUUACACCACGGGACCGUGCUAUGAUGCACCCCUUGCAUGUCCCGCAUCGCAAGGAAUGCCAAACGACGUGAACGUGUGGCUGCAGCUGCCCGUCUAUGUGGCGCUCGCCGUGGCCGAGAUCUUUGGCCUCGUCACGGCCAGCGAGUACUCGUACGAGAAGGCGCCAAGGGGGAUGCGGAGCGUCGUCCAGGCCAUGGUGCAGUUGAGCGCGUGCGUCGGGGCCUUGCUUGGCAUAGCUAUCAGUCCGGCUGCCCGUGACCCCUAUUUGGUUAUUGUGUAUGGUGUUCUGGCUGGAGUCAUGGGUUUGUGCUCGGCCUUGUUUUGGGUCGUCUUCCGCAGAUACGACAGGAUCAAUGAUCAGCUCAACUGCCUGCCUGAUGCCGCCUCGGAGCCGGAGAGAACAUGA